UAACCAGAUAUAAGCACGGGGCAGCAAACUGAAGGACACACGGCUAACAGAACCGCAGCUAGUAAGCAGCGACAAGGGGAAACCUCGUGGUGUCAAAAAGUACCACUGAAGAUUUGAUCUGUUUUAAAGACAAGAGUUCCAUCAAGCAAAAAUGGACCAGGCAAGGUCAACAAUAACUAAAAUUUUUAAUGGAGAACCACAUUCGUAUACACGUUUCAACUUGACCCAGAACAUGGAAGGUGACAACAGUCACGUGGAGAUGAAGCUUUCAUCUGACAUGGAUGAAGAAGUCGGUGAAAACGGAGUGGGGGCCCACCUCAAUCAUAACUCCAAUCACAAGUCCUACAUGACUUCAAAAUUUGGACGCACACCUAAGAACCUUUGCUUCAUGCUAGCAACCAUCCUGCUCAUCUUUAUCAUCGGGUACUUGAUUGGCUACAUGGUCCAUAGCAAAAAAGAUUUGCCCGUCAGCUGCGAAGCCCGUGUGGAAAUGUCUGAAGUGCCCGUCGUGCACGAGACGGGGGCCGCUCCCAUCAUGGCCUGGAGUGAUGUCAAGAAUGCAUUUGCCCAGAAAUUGAGUACAUCCAACUUCCAGGUUGCCUUCAGUGAGGUGUCAAGUGACAACCAUCGGGCUGGCUCCUCAGGUGAUGAAACUUUGGCUGACAAGGUUAUCAAGAAGUUUCAAGAGUACGGCAUGAAAACCUGGACAGACGAGCACUUUAUUAAAGUUCAGGAUCGCCCACGUUUUGGCUCCAACAAAGUUAUUUUCAAGAAUGGCACAGAAGAGCACCCUGAAGGUUUUCUGUCCUAUAGUGCUAAUGGAACUGUAAAGGGAACUGUCCUGUACGCCUACUAUGGACAGGAAAGUGACUUUAAAUUGCUUCAAGUCAGAAGAAUCAACAUGAGCGGCAGAGUUAUGUUGGUCCGAGCUGGGAAGAUCAGCUUUGCGGAAAAGGUAGCCAAUGCUGCCAAGAUGAACGCCUCUGCUGUACUGAUUUAUCGAGACCCUGCUGAUUAUCCUUCUGAAGCCACCACUCAUCUUUUUGGACAUGUCCAUUUGGGUUCAGGUGAUCCCUAUACCCCCGGCUUCCCUUCGUUUAACCACACCCAGUUUCCACCCGCUGAGUCGUCAGGUCUGCCAAGUAUCUUGGCUCAAACCAUCACAGCAGACACAGCCACCAGCAUUCUUAGACAGUUAGAGGGUCCGAAUGCACCAGAGGAGUGGGACGUUUUCCACAAACUUGGAAACGAGAGCGAUGACAUUACUGUGGAGGUGAACAACGUUCUUACUGAGAAAAAGAUCAACAAUGUCUUUGGUGUCAUCGAAGGCUUUGUGGAUGCAGAUCGCUAUGUGGUUAUCGGUGCCCAGAGGGAUGCUUGGGGUCCAGGUUUUGCCGCAUCAACAGUUGGCACCGGUGUUCUGUUGGAAAUGGCUGGUUCAAUCUCACAAAUGCUAAAGAAGGAUGGCUUCAAGCCAAGGAGGAGCAUCGUGUUUGCUAGUUGGAGUGCUGGAGAAUAUGGAAGCGUUGGCGCCACCGAGUGGCUGGAAGGCUAUCUUUCUUCUCUUAGUACAAAAGCCUUCUCUUACAUCAACCUUGAUGGCAUUGUAGCCGGCCACAGCGGGUUUAAAGUAUCAGCAAGUCCGAUGAUGCACAGCUUGAUUGAACGCACACUCAAAGAGGUGAGCCUCCAGAACAAGGCUGUGUCCCUCUUUUCUCAAUUUGGAAAGGGCAACUGGGAAUCUAACAUGUUGGAACCUCUGAAGCUGGAUGACGCUGCUUAUCCUUUCAUUGCCUUUACCGGCAUUCCAUCCCUGUCGUUUCGAUUCACUUCUGGCAAUUUAGAUUAUCCGUAUUUUGGCACAGUGAUGGAUACCCAGGAGGGGUUGAUUGCUGUCACGUCCAACCAGCAUCUGCAGCUGGCUGAAGCAGCUACCAAGUUUGCAGGUCACAUAGUGCUGAGGUUGGUCCACGACCACCUGCUGCAGAUGGACCUGUUAAAGUAUGACAAGAUUAUUCGUACUCAUGUGGCUCAGAUUAACAGGAAAGUCAACGCCGUACGAAGGAUGCAGCCUAAUCUGGUCCCCACAUCAGUGCAGUGGUUGAUGUCAGCCUCUGGCUCUUACAGUCGAGCCUCUCGUAACCUUAUGAAAGACAUCCAAAACAGUGACUUGAGUAACAUUGAGAUGUGCCGGAUCUACAAUGACCGCAUCAUGUCGGUGGAGAGGAACUUCCUGUCAGCGUAUGUGUCGGCUAAAGAAAAUCCUUUCCGUCACAUCCUGCUCGGCUCUGGUCCACACACACUCAAAGGGCUGUCCAACCAUCUCGAAGCCCUCAGAACAAAGAGCCCAGAAGCUGAUGUCGACCAGUUCCGCAACCAGUUUGCUUUGGCCACCUGGACAAUUCAGGGUUGUGCCACUGCAUUAACAGGGGACAUGUGGUCACUUAAUAAUGAAAUCUGAAUUGUUUUCACCAUGUGGUAUUCCCUCAAUAACAUUAUCAAUAAUAAUAAUAAUAAUGAUAAUCAUAAUAAUAAUCUAUACCAGGUAGAGCUGCCUCAUCUCUUUGAGGCUUUCAUUUAAAAUCACACACUUCACAUCAACACAAUACAUUUUCGCAGUAUUUUCUUUGAAACGUUGGUCCAUUUAAAGAACAUUUCAAAUAUGUGGCGUUCACUCGAUCACAUUUGAUUACUGCUCGGUGCUAUUAGCAAAAAGCUCAAAAAUCCAGUAUGAGUGCACAACACCUAUAGCUAGACUCAGACUCGCAAAACAAAUAUGGAGACUAGAGAUCAAUAGAGUAGUGUUUUGCAUUUCUUUUAACGCAUAUCACGCCAUCCUUCAAAUCGAUCAGUAACUAUGUUUACUGUGAAGAAAUAUCCUCAUAUUCACUAUUGCAGGCGGCAAUUACCAGGUGGCACUGAAACAGAAAUCUUAUUUAAUCAUCAGUGACAGGGUUCACUAUGAAUAUAUAUUUUUAAUUGCCUUUAAUCGAAAAUGUAUAAUUAUCGGGAGCAGUGUCUUUCAUAAUUAUGACAGUUAUACUGUCGAAAUGACAAAAGCAGCAUCUGCUAAAUGAAGUGUACACACAUCAACAGCCAGCACUGAGUCGCACGCAAGAGUUCGCCUUUGGUGCCGGAUUGAAGCUGCUCCUCAAAACUCGAGCUCACGCGUGCGUUUCUCAUCCUGGCGGCCAUUAUCGGAAGCAGCGUCUUCCAUAAUGUGGAAAUGAAGAAGGUAGUUUUUGCCUACCAGUGUGUGUCUGUAUCGGAGGCAGUGCCCUCCAUAUUUCACUGUAGGAGUGGAUGUUUAUGUUAUCGGGGGCAGUGUUUCCCAUAAUUUUUGUAUAUAUAUGAAGUCAAUGACAUCAGCUCAAUUCAUUAUCUUGCUCAAAUUAAGAUCUUCUCUACCUACUUUCCUCACAUAUCCAAUGUGCCUGCCAAUGUGUUCCUGUGUUUUUUCCCGUUGUUUUGUAUUAAGGUGAGUGAUCUGCAUGGCUAAGUUUCACUCUGGGUUUCGUUUUGGCGGCAUUUUUCCUCAUUUCAAAUCAGUGAUAGUAUGUUGAUUUCUCAUAACUGAUGUGAUUCCCCCGUUGAGAAAGACAAAUGUUACAGAUCUGUUUGCUGUAGUUUCACAGAUGUUUGUCUUCCUUUGGAGUGGGUCACUUGUGCCUUUUGUUUCAUGAAUGCAUCUUGGCUUCGGUUUUCCAAGGCUCUAGAAUGUUCAUUUUAAUGAUUGUGUCCUUGACCCCCAUUCAAAGACCUGUUCUGCUCAAAUCAAAGUUAUUGAUGCAAAACGUCAUCGCAAUUUUACAGUUGGUAAUGCUGUUAGUAGUCUCGCAAGAGAAAAACUGAAAUAAUGAUUUAUACACAGAAAAGUAAAGCUGAAUUUACAUUAUUUUAGCUUACUAACCUUAAAAUGAUCUGGUGUUCAGUACUCAUAAAUUGACCGAUAGCUAAUUCGCCAAUUAAACUGAUAAAGUGAUCAAUUGUAAAACAAAAGAAUGUGUUUUAAAAAUACAUUUGCCAUAUGUAUGCAGUUUGCGUCUCAUUUUCCAUUUCUGUUCCGCAAUAAAAAACUCACAAAUGUUCCUAUUUGAA